AUGGCUCCCUCCCGACUCUCCCUCCUCGUCCUGCUGGCGGCUGGAUCGAUUGCAAGCUCGCUCGCUGAGACAGAAUGGUACACUCGGAACCGAAACACCAUCGAAUCUAUCUACAACCUCACCGUGUACCCGCACAACCUCGCUGUCCUGAAUGGGAGCAUCCCGCCGGGCCUCUUUGACGACAACGCGAACGGGCGGAUCACGCCGGUGGGCGAGUUCUUCGGGUUCCAGGACUCCGUCGAGUACUUCUGGGGCCUCGCGCCGGUCCCCUCCGGCCACCCGCCCAACGCCGUCUUCGCCAGCGCCGAUGUCGUCCACUUCGUCUCCGGCUGCCCCGAGGUCGCCGCCAGCACGGUAUACUUCACAUACAAGACCCUCAAUCCCGAUAACACACCCGGCGCCUUCGUCACCAAACUGAAACAGGUCGCCUUCUGGCACUUCGACGCGGCUGGCGCGGUGCUUGCGUACGAUGCAUGGAUUCCAAACAUCCAGAAGACCGUCGGACACACACAGCCUGGUGGGGCCACCCCCGCUGGGCGGAACGCUACUAUCUCAACUCUCUGCACAGCGCAAGCUACGACCUGCGUGGGCGACAACGAGGUAUAUGCUGAUGCAGACGAGUGCGUCCACAUCCUCGGCCAACGUGACUUCGGCGACUGGGACGACGUCUGGGGGGACAACGUCGUGUGCCGGCUGAUCCAUGCCCGCCUCGCGAUACUCCGACCCGAGGUGCACUGUGUUCAUGUCGGGCCCACGGGUGGCGGUAAGUGUGUUGACGUAGAGUAUAACGACGUCUACUACAACGACGAGCUCGUCUUCGGAGAGCAUGGCGCGGCAACAUUCGAUUGCGGGACUUACCGUGACUAG